CACCAAUCCCAAUUCCUCAAUUCUCUUUUAUCUCAAGUUAGGGUUUUUUUUUUUUUUUUAUCAAAUCAAAAAUCACAAUGGAUUCUAUCUCAUCCUGCUCUCCUGUUAUCCCCAAAGACCUGGCCAAGAAGAAGAGGACGAACCGGUUAGCGAAAUUGAAGCAGAGCAAGCUCGAUGUUCGCCGUGAGCAGUGGCUUUCACAUGUCAAGAAUAAAGGGCACAAGGUGAACGCUGAUCGGAAUGAUGGAUCUCCUACAUCACUUGUGCACGUGGAUAAUGAGCGGAAAAUAUUAUUGGACAACUUGGAUACAAGUUCAACAAGAGGGUCGAUUGAUAAUUCAAGCAUCCAUGAUAGUGAUGUGGAGUCUCUAAUGAGCAGCCCUUGUGGAAGCAGUUUGGAUCGUACUGAUUCAGUAAAGAAUCUAAAUGAGAGCGGCACCAGUGGUUGCUCGGAAAAUGUGAUCGAGGUCACCGACGAUGGGUGUCUGGAUGACUGGGAGGCUGUGGCAGAUGCUUUAACUGCAGAAGAGAAUCAACAUAACAAUCUGUUUGGUUUUCCUGCCACAACCGAAUUGACGGUUGAACCCACGAGUCCAGAAAUCUGUAUUGAGAAUCCUGGAGCAGAGUUAUCAACACCAGAGAACGAAAACAAGCUUUCUGAGUCAUGGGUGAACACUUGUGCUUGGCGACCUGACGAUGCGUCUCGUCCUCAGGGUCUGCCAAACUUGUCAAAGGAGCAUAGUUUCAUGGUGCAGUCAGACUGGCAUUGUGGUCACGGAGCCAUCACCUGGACAUGGCAAAGUAUUGUUCCGCAGCCUUCGUCUUGUCCUAUAUGCUAUGAGGAUUUAGAUAUCACAGACUCGUGCUUUCUUCCAUGUUCAUGUGGUUUCCAGCUAUGCCUUUUCUGUCACAAAAGAAUUUUAGAGGCAGAUGGGAGAUGUCCAGGCUGCAGGAAGCAGUAUGAUCAUGUAAAUGAGGUUAUGAGCUUUAAUGGAGGAGCUACAACUUUUAGAGUAGCUUGAUCUUGCACUGUGAGUACUUAUAUCGAUCCUAGAAAGAGUUUGUUUUUUUAAUUGUGUAUAUUUCGGCUUCUCUCUUUACAUUAACGAGAAUAAUGAAAAUGCUGAGUAUAGUGAUAGAACUGAACUUGAAUCUUGUCUGAAACCCAUCUCCUGUAUGAUGUUGCAUAUGUCAAUUAGGAAACUAAUGCAGUUAUAUGAAUACAUUGGGAUAUUAUAGACUUCCUAAAUAAGAAAUUCA